AAAAAUAGAAACGGUUUGGCAUCGGGGCGUCGAGUUUGUUUAUUGUUUCUAUCAUUGUUGACAGGUUAAUCGCAAAUUUGCGGCUUGUUUAAAAUUAAUACUCACUGAAAUUACAAAUUCUGGGUUGAUCAGAAAUGUAAUAAAAAAUGCGUGUCUGCAUCAGUCGCAACAGAAUCUAUUACCGGCUACAAAUGCUUGAAUUAACUCUGAAGAGAAAAUUUUAUGUUUUGUUGCUGGUUGGGAUAAUUGGCUGUUUCCUGUUGAUAUGGCCCCAUCAUUCCCUAAUAAACGAUGUCGACCGCGAGCUGAGACUGGCGAAGAUUGACAUUUUUAUCAAACAGCAAGCAAAUAGUCUGGCAUGCAAGCAGCCGGAUUUAGAGCUUUACAAUCCAGAAAUGCUGCAAUUUAUUAAAAAAGUGCCCCCAAUUAACUGCGACAAAGCGGGGGAUGACUGGGUAAAAUGCAGGGGCUCUGAAUGUGUGAUCCAAGAACUAGCAAAGAAGAAUCACGGCCCGAUAAAUUGCGCAUUUACCGAUGUAAUCCGUGUAGACGAUUACGAAUUGACUGAUGGAGAAACGUUCUACUCCUCGGAGUAUUACAAGCUUGAACGCAGUGAUGUUGUAAGAGUGGCUUGCCAGUCCUCAGACUCGCGGAAAUGGUCAGCAACUCUAACCGGGGUAAGACUGGAUAAUAAUAUUUGGGAUAAGACCAACUGGGAGCAAAUGAAAAAGACCGCGCUCAAUAUGAACGUUUUGAUGUUUGGGUAUGAUUCGCUUUCGCGAAACGCUUUCAUUAGGAAAUUGCCCGAGUCCUACGAAUAUCUAACCAAGGUCUUGAACGCUGUGGUUCUUAAAGGAUACAACAUAGUGGGAGAUGGAACGCCGCAAGCGCUAAUUCCACUCUUAACUGGGAGAACCGAGCUAGAGCUUCCAGACACUAGGAAGCGGUUGAAAAACACCAACUACGUCAAUUCAUAUCCUUUCAUAUGGAACGAAUAUAAAAACGCCGGAUAUGUAACGGCGUUUUUAGAAGACGUUCCUCAUAUAGGGACUUUCACCUAUCGGCUGAAUGGUUUUAAGCAAGUUCCAACAGAUCACUAUAUGCGCCCUUAUUACUUGGCCAAUCACGACGAACAACAUAAGUGGGCCAAACUGUGUACAGGGGAUUCGCCCAGGCAUCAAAUCAUGCUAAACUACAUCAAGGAUUUUUUCAGCGUCUACCAAACAAAACCAAAGUUCCUGUUCGGAUUCCAUGGCGAACUUUCGCACGAUGAUUACAAUUUAAUCGAAGUUGCCGAUCAUGAUACGAUGAAUCUGCUCAAGGACUUGAAGGAAUCUGGGGCUCUUAAUAAUACAAUUUUGAUCAUUAUGGCGGAUCAUGGACACAGGUUUGCAGAUGUACGAAACACAAUCCAAGGCAAGCAAGAGGAAAGACUUCCAUUUUUUGCCUUUGCUUUUCCCGAGUGGUUUGCGCAUCAAUAUCCCAGGGCUUACAGGAACUUUCGAAAAAACUCCGACAAACUAACAACGCCCUUUGAUGUUCAUCGGACUCUCCAGGAAGUUUUGGAUUUGAAAAACACCGGCUUCGGCAAUUUAAAUCAACGGUCCAUCUCAUUAUUUUCGGAGAUUCCAGCCGCCAGAUCUUGUGCACAUGCUUACAUUGAGCCCCAUUGGUGUGCCUGUUUGGCAUGGGAAAAAAUUAGUCUGUCCCACCCAAUCAUCCCUCGUUUAGGAGACACCUUGCUGAACUUCAUAAAUAACCUUACUGAUAGUAAGCGGUAUAUGUGCGAAGAAUUGAAACUGGCCAAAGUUUCAUGGGCGAUGAAACUAACGCCCAACAGGAACUUGGUGAAAUUCAGCCAAAACAAGGAUAUUGACGGUUUUGUGGCCGAUCUAUCAGCCAACACGCACAUUACGGAGGAGUUGUAUCAGAUUAAAGUAACGCUCGUGCCAGGUAAUUCGAUUUUUGAAGCUUCCAUUAAGCAUGUGAAAGACCGUGAUCAAUUGGAGUUGUUGCUGGGUGAUAUUAGCCGGAUCAACAUGUAUAGAUCGCAAGCUAAAUGCGUAGAAGCAGAAUUUCCUCAUUUGCGGAAGUACUGCUAUUGCAAAUAAUGCCGUUUUCUAGUACCAUCACGAUGGUAACUGUCUCAUUAGACCUAAUCUCAUUUGAUGUUUAUUCUUGUAUUAACGUUGGCUGUGUAGGAGCUGAUUUUUUCAGCUGAUAUUUUAUUCUACGUGUCCGAUUUAUGUGCUUGUGAGGAUCUAGUCAAAACAGACGAAAUAAAAUUUCUGUUUAAACUA